AUGAGAUAUCAACAAGGCCGUACCAAGGGCAAUCAGUCUCCUCUAAGUUUUAGCAAUAAUAUCACUGACCGUGCCAGCAGUCCUUCGAAGGGGCUACGCGAUGAAUCGGACCCUACCAGGAAUACCAAAUCUACUCCAUUGAAUAAUAUUAAUAGUACAAAUCCUUUUCCUAAUACUAAUUCAAACUCUAAUUCAAAUGUAGUGGUUUCUGAUGCACUGGCUAAAAAUUCAAGACAGUUGCUAUAUGCCCAUAUUUAUAACUACUUGUUGGAAAAUAAACAUUAUAAUACAGCCAGACAAUUUCUCAAAGAGGUGGAUGUCCCGCUAUCGACAAAUGCAAAUGUAAACGGGAACUACAAUGACGACACUUUUGAUGGAUCUAAUAAACAAGAUAUAAAAGAUCGAAUCAAUCUAAAGGCAAAUGAAUUACUACCCACUAAAAUGUUGAUGAAUUCUCCAGAAACUUUCUUAUUGGAAUGGUGGAAAUUUUUUUCUUCAUUAAAUGAUUUUGUUUAUUCAAACCCAAGUGCAUCGAUGAAAAAAAUUAAUAUGUUUCAGGAGAGAAUAUUUCCAAUACUACCGCAGUCGAGACAACAACAACAGCAACAACAAUUUUUAUACCAUCAAUAUUAUCAACAACAAGCACAAGCACAAGCACAACAAGCACAGGCACACGCUCAUGCACAAGCACAAGCACAGGUACAAGCGCAACAACUAUUAGCACAACAACACUUAGCACAACAACAAGCACAAAGAACGCAACACGAACAUCAAACACCACAUACCCAAGUUCAAAACCAGAAUAUUCAACAAACGCAACAAUCAUCGAAACAAUCACAAAAUGCUCCAGGAGUGCAACCAACUUCAAAGACUCAAAAAUCUCAUAGAACUCACAGAACUCAAAAAGUGUUAAAAGCUCAAAUGGUACAGAGAACUCCUAGUGCUCAACAAUUUUCAAAGGUCCAAACCACUCCACAAUCACAACAAAGUCAGAAUACGCAAAGCCAAAACUCUCAACAAUCUCAAAGUCUCCAACAGACUAGACAACCUAGACAAUCUAAAAACGCUCUGCAACAACAAGCGCAACCUCAAUCACGCCAACGAGUGCCGCAACCAACACAGGCUCAACAACGACAACAAACAAAACAACGUGCUCAACAACAACGUGCUCAGAAAAGAGCACAAAAUCAGGCACAGCAACAGUUAUUAAAGCAACAACAACUUCUACAACAGCAACAUGCAGAACAACAAACCCAGAAACAAUCACUCCAGCAAAAUGUUAAUAACAACAAUGAUAGAAAUACACCUUCCAAUAGCUAUACUAUAUCUGGUAAUCAAAACGUUCAUCCAACAGAUUUAUCUAGAGUUGCAAGCAAUGAAAGUUCGCACCGUAAACAGAGUCUCAAUAACGCUUCUACGCCUUCAUCUACAACUUCCAUCUCGAGCACUAAUAACAAGAGUAUUAAUCAGAUUAAUAGAAAUCCUACGAAUUCUCCAUAUGAGAAUCAAUAUAAUGCUAGUAACUCUACAAAUGUUCAAAAGACUCCAUCACCACUCAAUAAUACUGGCAAGCCACAUUCUCAACCACAACAUUUUGUUCAAAAAUCUCAAUCGCAGCAAGGUGUGCCUAAUAAUAACGCAAAUUCUAAAAGACUAAAUUCACAAGGCCUAAUAUCUUCAUCCACAAAUAACAGAUUUUCUAUACAUUCGACAAAUCAAACACCCAAUCAAUCUAUCAGCCAAAAUAGACCCAAUUCUCAAUCUCCUUCAAUUAAUACUAAUCGUUCAAGUCACUCUAUUAAUAAUGCAAAUACAAUAAAUAUGACUAAUAAUGGUAAAAAUGGUACUAAUAGUAAAAAUCACACCGAUAGCCAUUCUCAACCGAUUUAUAAUGAAAAAACGGCUCAAUUUGUAUCAAAUGAAAUUACAAAUAUGAUUAAUUUACAACAGAAGCAACAACAACAACUAUUAGAUAUGAAUAAACAAUACUCAUUGUCUAGCCAAGCGGGUACCCCAAUUAUGCUGAACAAUAAAACUGCUUCUAACAACGAGUCUGAUUUUUUACAACAGCAACAACUUCAUCAGCAGCAGCUUCAACGGGCACUAUCACCAUCUCAAAAUCGUCAGGCACAAAUCCGAACACAAACACAGACACAUACCCAAGCCCAAGCCCAAGCCCAAGCCCAAGCCCAAGCACAAGCACAAGCACAAGCACAAGCCCAAGCCCAAGCACAAGAUCAGGCAAAAGCACAAGCACAAGCACAAGCACAAGCACAAGCACAAGCACAAGCGCAAGCUCAAUUAAGAGCCCAAGCGCAAGUACAAACUCAAGUACAAGAUCAGGCAAAAGCUCAGGCCCAAGCACAAUCUCGAGCUACAACACAUACUCAACCACAAGCAAGGGUACAUACCCAACCCCAAGCUCAUGGACAUACUCAAGCUCAAUUACAAGCCCAAGCACAAGCCCAAGCUCAAGCCCAUGCUCAUGCCCAAGCUCAAUUACGAGCCCAAGCCCAAGCCCAGGCUCAAGCUCAAGUCCAAGCUCAAGCACAAUUACGAGUCCAUGCACAGGCCCAAGCUCAAGCUCAAACACGUGCCCAAGCACAAACGCAUACUAAAUCUCAAGCUAAACCACAAGUUCAAGCCCAAGCUCAGUCUCAGAUGCAAAGUCAAUCUCAAAUGCCAACUCAAAUCCAUACACAAUCAUCAUCACCAACACUACCGCAAUCACAAGCUCAUCGGCUGCAACAAGUCCAACAACAAUCACCAGAACAAUCUCAAGCACAACGCAGCAUGCAGCUUAAUCAAAAUAAUAUAUCUACACAUAUGCAAAGGUUAAAUAAUAACAUUUUACCGGAUGAUAUAAAUAAAUUUCAAUGGAAUAAACCACAGCAAGAGAUCCUGAGAUAUAUACAACAACAACAACUGCAACAAACAAAUGCUCCAUACAAUCAAUCGCAAGCCCAGAAAGAAUUUCAUAAACAGUUCUUGUUACAAACAUCGAAUUGUAACCCAAAUACUAUGAACAAUUCGAACAAUAAUACACCAAGUGCCAACUAUGAAACAAGUCCCAACAUGUCUGAUUCAAAUAUUCAGCAAUAUAUGUCAAUGAUGAUGAUGAUGAUGAUGAAUAAUCCAACACAGCAAGGUGGAACUAUACUGACUCCACAGCAGCAAGCUCUACUUGCAAACAAUAAUUCUAAUUUCAAUUUGAAUCCUCAACAAAUAAUGAGUUUACGAAAUCAAAUGGCUAACCAGGCACAUACUCAACCUAAUAGUGGGCCGCCUCCUGUGGAUUCCCAAGUACCUAAUUCUACAACCGGUAGAAUUAACAAAAAGAAAAGUAAAACAACCAAGUCUUCAUCUAGACAAUCAGGAAAGACAAAAAACACAAAGAGCAUGGAAUCGUCUCAGGAUAGAAAUGCUAAGCCUAAUAAUAAAAAGGAAAAGCCCAGUUCUAUCUAUAAAAAUAGUCGGAAUAAUAAUUCUAACUCGAACAACAAUAAUCUCACAAAUAUCCAAGAUAGAAUUACUCCUAUUAGCCCAAAUAAGAAUAUUAUGCCAAACAAGCAAUACCAGGUUAAUCUUGCAUCUCAACCUGCUAUGAACAGCAAUAACUUUAUCCAAAACGAUCCCUCUUUAAACAGUACUUUUCAAACGAAUAAAGAUACAAAUAACUCAAAACAUUCAAACACAGUGGAAACCUCAUCAAAAAAAGACCAAGAUUCUAAAAAGAAGAAAAGAAAAAGAUCAAAGACUACAAAAUCUCCUAAAACUUCCUCCAAGUCACCUAAAAUGGUCCAUAAUACAUCUCAAUCUCAAGAACAAAAUAUGGUGCAAAAUAUGCUUCAUAACGAUUCUCUAAAUAUAAAUCAACAUGCUUUAAAUACUAAUGAUCUGCUGGACUUAAAUUUUAGUAAUGGUCCUCAAAAUAAUUUUAAUUCUUCACUAGCCCUAAAUGAUAGUCAUACCUUAGUAGGAAGUAAUCCAUCCAAUUCUAAUAUCAAUAGCAUCAAUGUUAAUACUGAUACCAAUAAAUCAAAUGAUUUAAGUGAUAUGGCUCAUUUUGAUUUUAACGAUAAAGAAUUAUUCGACUUAAAUGAAUUUUCUAAUGAAUUAAUCAAUAAACAUUGA